CGUCUGUUCCUUGAUCUUGAAUAAUCAUCAUCAUCAUCAUUUUGUGCAUCGUAGCAUAUGGUAAUUUUUUUUUCUAUUAAACAUCGACGAUAAAGAAGACACAAGACAUUGAAUCAUUGACAAAAAGUCAGACUGUUUCUUUAUCAUCAUCAUCAUCAUCAUUGGCAUUCAAAUAUAUUAAACGUAAUUAAAAGUAAACGAUAAAUUUCCUUUUUCUUCUCUUUUUCAUCUGAAAUUUACUGCUACAGCAUAUUCGAACGAAUUCUUAUUCGAAUUUUUUUGUUUCUCCAAAACAAAAUGCCUUCAUCACCAACAACAGCUUCGUAUAAUUUACGUAGCAGAUCAACAACCAAAAACAACAAACAAAAUGGUUCGACCAUUCAUAUUCAAAAGUCAAAAGAAUCGGCAAAUGGUCAGCCUAAAUUUGCUGCGAAUGGACUUGUGAAUAAUCAUCAUAAUGAUAAACAAGAAGAAAAUUAUUCCGCAUCCCGUUCUCGUACUCGUUCAUCUUCAUUUUCUCAUCAUCAUCAUCAUCUAACUGAAAGGCAAAAGGAUGAAAUUCAAUCAUUGGUUCUUUGGCGACGUCCAUUCAAAACCAUCUAUCAUGCUAUACAUAAUUUUAUUGAUUUGCUCAACAAUUGUUAUAAUUUCUUGAUCAUACAUCAUCUACGACUUUGUCUUUCAAUGACAAUUUUUGUAUUGAUAUUUUUUCUGGCACUUCAAUUGGAAGGUGGACAUCAACCAUAUGUACAAUAUGUUUAUAAACGUUUAGCAUGGUGUCUUUAUUGGUGUGGUUUAGGCAUUUUAUCAUCGGUUGGUUUGGGUACCGGUUUACAUACCUUUAUAUUAUAUUUGGGUCCACAUAUCGCAUCAGUAACAUUAGCAGCAUAUGAAUGUAAUUCAUUGGAUUUUCCUGAACCGCCUUAUCCAGAUGAGAUUAUAUGUCCAACUAAUACUGCUUCUAAUUCAGCUACUGCAGCUGCUGCUGCUGCUGCUGCUAUUGGAUCAUCAAUAAAUGUAUGGUCGAUUAUGUCAAAAGUACGUUUAGAAGCAUUUAUGUGGGGAGCCGGUACAGCAUUGGGUGAAUUGCCUCCAUAUUUCAUUUCUCGGGCUCAUCGUUUGGCCAUGCAUCAAGGUCAAGAUGUAGAUGAUGAUAAUAUAUUAGAAGAAUUGGAAGAAAUAGAAGAUUUGGUAACAACCGAUGUUGAUGGCGGUGAUCAACAACAACAACAACAGCAACAAAAUGAUUUGUCUACUAGUAAUAAGCCAAAUUCAUCGAUAGAACCAGCCACCACUAAUGUUGAACGUCGUACAUCAUCAUGGGGACAAACAUUGAAAACAAAAAUGGUAUUGCUAAUGAAACGAAUGGGUUUCUUUGGAAUUCUAGCCUGUGCUUCAAUACCGAAUCCAUUAUUCGAUUUGGCCGGUAUCAUUUGUGGUUAUUCAUUGAUAUCAUUUUGGACAUUUUUCGGCGCUACAUUAUUAGGAAAAGCUGUUUUCAAAAUGCAUAUACAAAAACUUGUUGUGAUUGUUGUUUUCAAUGAAGUUUAUGUUCAAAGUGUACUCACAUUUUGUAGAAACAUUCCAUAUAUUGGACAUUAUAUACAUGAACCAUUACGUGAUUAUCUUCAACAUCAAAAGAAAAGCCUACAUCGUGGUACUAACCAAAUGAUUCAGACCAAGGGCCAAUCAUGGAUCUCGUUUAUAUUUGAAAGUUUUGUCAUUAUAAUGGUCACUUAUUUUAUGGUAUCAAUAAUCAAUUCAAUGGCCCAAAGUAAUCUGAAACAAUAUUAUCAACAAAAACAAAAACAACAACAGCAGCAGCAAAAACAACAUUCUGGUGAUACGACAAUGGCCAAUAAUGAUGAUGAUGAUGAUAAUAAUAAAUCACAAUCGAAAGCGACUACAAUAUCACCAAAAAAAUUGGAUAAAAAUGAUUGAAACGAACCAAAAUGAAAGUGUGAAAAUUAGGAUUUAAAAUUUUAAAAUUUUUCUAUUGACAAUUAUAUGUGGAGAUGUCGCUGUGCAAUUUGUUUGUUUUUUUUGUAAUUUUUUUCCUAUUUAUACAACAGCAAAAUGAUGAUGAUGAUGAUCAUAUUGCUGGAUUCCAAACAAAACAAAACAACAAAAAAAAUAAGAUUCCAAUUUCCUUUUACUUCAAAUUAUUCGUAGU